AUCUAUGCAUAAAGGUCUUGCAGAGGCUGAAGCCGAAGUAUUUUAAGUAGGACAAUAAUACCAAACAGCGAAUAAGAUGGGCAUCUAAAGUCACAGGCUGCAGUGUCAUUCUUAAUUGCCUAACAGUCUGAAUGCUGAAUUCUCUUCUAUUGGCGCGGAAUACAAUUGGAAGCAUCAAUUUAACAACCGCGAAUUGUUGCAAAUUGUAAAGUACAAAAUAGAGAAAAAUAUCCACACAUUUAUUCUGCUAUUUGUUUUCUUUCUUUUGAAAACAAUCCAAUAUAAAAUGAGUGGGAUUUCUAAGUAAAUCUGCAUAAAAAUACAGACUGGUAGAGCUACCGGUAUAUGGGAUUUAAGAACCAGUGAUGAACUGUCUGCUAAAACAAAGCAAGGCUAUGGAAUACACUUGAAAGAAAACAGAAGUCUGUAUUUGUGGAGUCUAACUGGCAAGAACAAAGAGCGUCACAGUGUUCUCUGUAUUUCCUUAGGAGGAGAUAAGCGCCUGUAUAAAUUUGAUUAAUAACUAACGUCAUGCAAGCGUGUAAAAAAAAAAAACUUUCACGCUUCUAGAUUAGAAAGACAUGCCUUGCAUGCCUUGCAACUGAGAUCAAGGGACUAGGCUUUCCAUUCCCGUCACCAAAAGGGGGCGCAACUGUUCCCAGGAAAUAGCGAUCGCCUUUCAAGGCAGUUUUUGUCCCCGCCCGGCUCCCAUCCUCUAAUCUUUUCAGGUCCAGUUGGGCCUCUUCGAACAAGAUGGCGGCUUCUGCGGAGCAUCCCUUGCCUGAGCCUGCCAAGCCCUUACUCGGGCUCCUAAAUGGUAUCGCUCAGUCCACCUUUUAUGGCAAUACAGAGAUCACGGAAGAGCUGCUGCGGGAGCAACUUUACCCGGAAACGUCGUCGCAGGAAUUUGGAGUUCUGCUGGCUAAAAUGAAAGGAAUCAUCAAGUCAAUAGCUUCAGCUGACAUGGAUUCAAAUCAACUAGAAGCUUUUCUGACUGCACAAACAAAGAAACCAGGGGGAAUCACAACCGAUCAUGCUAUAGUUAUUGCAAAAUUUUGGAAGAACCAGCGAGCAAAAAUUCAUGAGAGUCUGAUAAAUCAAAGCAAGUGGGAAAAUAGCUUGAAAAACAUAAGCUGGAGAAUAGAUUUAAAAACACAGUCAAGACACAUUGACCAGAUGAAUAGUCCUGUGGCAAUAGUUGAAAUGGAACUUGAGAAAAAUGGACAGGGUACACUGCACUGCUAUGGAGCAAGAGAGAUUAGAAAAUGGUUCAAAGCAAAAUAUAAGAAGAUUUUUGCCAACUGGUAUGAACACAUGGCCGCUAAUCAUUAUUAAAAGGAUUUGUUUCCAGAUUUCUAUCCAGUAGAUUGUCAUUACAUAGCUCAUUCAAGUUGAUAUAUAUAAUCAUGGUUGGAACUAAGACUGAGAGUUCAAUUACUUCUAUUACUUUGCUGAUGAAUUCCUUGAUUUUGAGCAACAGCCAAGCCUCUUUGCUACUACUUCACAAAAUAAAAAAAUUGUGAAUUAAUUAAAAGUUUGUUCUGGUAAGUCUGCUUUCCGGACAGAAUGCAAAAUAGAAUUCUGAUGUUAUCUCAGGUUUUUAGAACAGCUGAGGAGAGUGGUAUUGCAAUAUAAGCUUUAUACUUUUUAAUUCCAGAUUAAUUCUUACAACAAAUUAUUAAUUAUGUGGGGUCCUUGUUGCUUAGAGGUUGGUUGUUUUCCUACAUAUGUUUCAUUACCCAACUAGGUAACAUCAUCAGUUCUAACUAUUAAUAUGUACCUAAUGAAAAUAACAAAUUCUGUCUAUGAUGGUUGUUUCUUAGGCCUUUUGUCAACUGUGUUAGCAAAUUCAACAUAGAUUCAAAUUUUAAAAUAUAUAUUGAAACUGGUAAGAGGGGAGGAAAGGGCAUUGGAUAAGCCAUUACAGGAGAAGGAAGUCUCAUGUUAGUGUAAAUCCCUUUUAAACUAAUUGCCUCCAACCUGGGCUAGUUAGCCAUAUGUCAGAUUCCUUGAUCACCACGAAAUCUGAAUCUGAUAAAUUUCAGUUUCUGUAUACAAUAAAAUUGUAUCCAUCCAUCAUGUGCAUGAGGAAGCAGACAUGGAACAUACUAUUGAAACAUGUACUAUUCGUGCUCAGUGAUAUAGCCCUGUUAAGAAAUCUGACUAUUGGGUUUCGGGUUCUGCAGCACUCAUAACAUCAAGCUCAGGAAAUAAAGAUUUCCAUUUGUGAAAACCUUGCAGUGAUCCAGAGGUGAUUAGUUGCAAGUGCCUGUAUGCUAAACUGAACUGCAUAGAGAAGCUAGAGUUAGUAGUGGUGUUAAGAGUUGUCGGGAGAUGGCCCUUUUUGAACUUCUCUCUCUAUAAUCUAUGGGACUUAUGAUGUUGGAUGAAUUCAAAAUUUCAAAAUUCAUGCCCCAGGAGGGAAUUCUAGAAUGGCUCAUGAAUUUAUGGCCUCCAUGACAAUCAUGGGCAUAAGCAGAAGCAAUUGCAGCUUUGGUGCACAUAGGCAGGCACCUGGUUAAUAUGUUCUUUACUUCAGAGCAGAUGAAAUGAGAUCUGGACAUGAGAGACAGAACCUACAAAUGUCCUUUUAUUAUAGUCAGAUGAUUUGCUGAUCAAAUUGUGGACUGUAUCCUUCUGGAUCUCUGCAAGGAUCUGAUGGAUCCAGAGGGUGCUUGGAAAUUUUCCCAACAAUUUGGUGGGCAGCUCUGAUUUACAGGCUGACAUAUUCAAUUUCUGGAAUACAGAGGUAUCUCACUUUCUAACCUUCAAUUCCAAGUAGCUCCAUGUUUUUUUUUAAUAAGUGGGGGAUUAAGUGACAGAAAAGAUGAUAAGAUUGACAGUGACAUAAAAGCAAAAGUGAGCAUAGCCAAGCACAAGUACAACCUCAUGAUGGAGCCUACUCAAUAGCAAGAAGUGUGAUGACAUAUUAACACUUUUCCACAAUUACUGUAUCCAUUGACUCCCUGUUCAUUGAAAGUGUGAUCAUUUUAGGGAAAUGCAGGCAAGAUAAGGCACCUGCAGGCCAUCUAGAGAAUUUUGCAGUUUUUCUUACUGAUCAAAUCACUUCUGUUUAGAUUCCAGUUGGACUGAUUCAAGUGAGGCAAAGAGCAGUACCUUGAAUUAUGACAUAGGAUUCUUCUGAGUUUAUGGAAUUUGGGGAAAUGCAUAAGAUUCACUAUGGUAUAGGUUCUGCCUCUGGUCCAUUUACUUGGAGAUUCUCGUAGACUAAUGGGUCUUGCUGGAACAUGAAUUUGUCUGGUGCAUUUAUUAUAGCCCUGUCUGGACCAGAAUGCUUUGGUGACAGUGAUUCAUGCCCUGAUUGCCAUAUAACUGUCCUAUCACAAUACACUCUACAUCAGUAGUUCUCAACCUUCCUAAUGCCGUGAUCCUUUAAUACAGUUCCUCAUGUUGUGGUGACCCCCAACCCUAAGGGCUCUCCAAGUGCCCACUCACCCACCGCGCCCAAGGCUCAGCGUGCCUUGCCUGUCCUCACCUGACUUCCAAAGGUCGCCAGCCUGCCCAGGUCCAGCUGGCCGAGGAGGAGGGCAGGAAGGCCGCUCUGCCGGCUCCGCCCAGCCUGGUUGGAGAAGCGCCCAGGCGGGGAGAGGGAGAGAGAGAGAGAGAGCCAACAGGGCGACAGCAUCAAAAGAGCUUAGUUCAGCCUCCUCCGCUGAAAGGGCUGUGAAGCAGUGCAGUCUCCCUUAGGAGAUGCUUGAUGGAAACAAAUCCGGCGCUGCAACCGCCCCCAGCUCGAAGCCGUGCAGAGAUGGAUAGAGGAGCAGUGUCUCGGUUCCUAAGACCAUCGGAAAUAUGUGUUUUCUGAUGGUCUUAGGCGAUACCUGUGAAAGGGUCAUUCGACCCCCAAGGGGUCGCGAUCCACAGGUUGAGAACCGCUGCUCUACAUGGGCUUCCCUUGGAAGAUGACUCGGAAGCUGGCACAGAUUCAGAAUGCAGCAGUAAGACUGCUUGCUCAGGAAGCCUACAGUUAGAGAAUUACAUCUAUUAGGUCUCUGUAUUCCAAAGGCUUCUGGACUCAAUUCAAAGUAUUGGUCAUUGCCUAAAAAAACUUCCUACUUGGAAGUUUAUUAAUUAUAGAAUAUAAUGACACAAUCUUAAAAGUUUGACAGGAUUUUCUCUCUCCCUUCUUAUAUAAAAAGAAUCAAGCUGGGCAGUCUUGAGGGGUUUUUUUCUUAUAACUAUCCAGUUGAGCCAUCAAGAGAAGGCCUAUUGAAACUGUUUCUUCCCUCCCCCCCCCC